GGAGCUGAAGGUUUGGUCUCUCUCGGGUUUUGGGUUUAGUGAGGGGGUGGGGAGAUUUGGGGAGCCAUGGCUGCUGCUGCACGCAUGCUGCCCGCGGUGGCUGCAGCGAGUGCCUCUGCUUCUAAACCGGGGUUGAGCCGCGAGGUUGCAAUUUCGGGGAGUUUUGGAACCUGCAAGGGUUUUUGUAAGCUGCCUUGGAUCACGACUCAUGGGGCCUCUGGGCUGAGACAGAGCGCAGGACGCAACGACGUGGGUGCAUUUGCCGUUGGAAGGAGGGCCUCGGGAUUCUCCGGAAGUGGGAAGAAACCAAGAAGCGGUCAAAAGUUUCCCAGAAAACAGAGACCCCCAGCAAACCCUGUGCUAGAGGAUGGCGAUGAUGAUGCGGCACUGGAAAGAGCAAUGGAAGACCUUUUUGCACAACUAGAGAUGGAUCUGGAAUCAUCAGUUGCUGAUAGCGGUGACGACGAGGAGUUUACUGAAGAGGAGUUGGCUCUAAUGGCGAAGGAACUUCAAGAUGCUUUUGAUGAAGCUGGCCUUGAAUUUGAAGGGUUAGACGAUGAAGAAAGUGGUCCUAAGACAGUGGACAUGUUCAUGAAAGAUGGUAUGUACUCUGACGAUUCUGUUGUUCAUAAUCGCGGGGAGCAAGAGGAAGAAGACGAAGAUGAAGAGGGGGUUGAGGACGAAGACGAGGAAGAUGAAGAAAGAAUGGUGCCUCUGGAGAAGUGGCAACUUCGCAAGCUAGCUGCUGCAGCAGAGAAGGGUCGUCGAAAUGUUAAUGUGAAAAUAUUGUCUGCAGAGCUCGGAAUGGAUCGUGCGGAUGUCCUUUCGUUUCUUCGAAAUCCACCUCCAGAGCUUUUGCUCAUGAGCGAUGAAUUAGAGAACGAGGUCGCAGAAGCUUCAGAGCGUGCCGAGGCUAAAGUUGAGAAAGCUCCGAAGGUAGCUGCUGCCUCUCGGAAGCAACCAGCGCCGCCGCUAAACCCUUCCGGAGGUCCUCAAAGUCCUAGGAGCUGGCAUGGUAGCAAAAGAUUGAAAAAGGAGCACAUAGCAACAUUUGAGCGUGUGUACCGGAAUUCUACUCGACCAUCGAACGCAAUGAUUGAAAACCUCGUUAAUUUGACACACGUUCCCCGCAAGAAGAUAUUGCAAUGGUUUGACGACAAACGGGCGGAGAAUCAACCCAAUAAGUCGUCCUUCGAGAAUGCCCCGAAAAUUGAUGAAAGUGCCAAUUAAACUGUAUUCUAGUACUGCUAGCUUAGUCACAAUAUAUGCUUGCAUUGGCCACGGAGGGAUUGGAAGAUAAUCAAUGUAGUUAUUUUUUAUUUUUUAUUUUACUGUAUUCACAUUCUGGAGAGUGGCUCUAUUAUGCACAGCUGGAACGUGCCUGCAAUUCAUUUAGUAAGUACUCUCAAGACACGGUUGUUUCAACACAAAACUGUUUCUGAUGAAGGACCAAGCCAAAGGGAGUGAGGGCGUACGAUACAAUCUUUAGUAUUGGCGGAACACAAUGAUGUGCAAAUGCCUUUGUGGCUUGCUCGUUUAUUUUCUGUGAGCUAUGCACUGCUUGCCGAGAAAUUAUAUCUAAUUGUUAUAAAUAGAUAACUAGCUUCUGCUUCAUUACCUGUUUCCCUCUCGAAUAAAGAUAGGCAUCUGAAGUAA